GGGGGCGGUGGCGGCGGCGGCCUGGGGAGGCGGCGGCCUGGCUCGGCCUGGCGUGGCCUGUCAGGGCGCGGGCGGCGGCGGCUCCAGCACCAUGUCCCUGCAGUACGGGGCGGAGGAGACGCCCCUCGCCGGCAGUUACGGCCCGGCGGACUCGUUCCCAAAGGACUUCGGCUACGGCGUGGAGGAGGAAGAAGAGGAGGCGGCAGCCGCGGGCGGCGGGGUUGGGGCGGGGGCCGGCGGAGGCUGUGGCCCGGGGGGCGCUGACAGCUCCAAGCCUAGGAUUCUGCUCAUGGGGCUCAGGCGCAGCGGCAAGUCCUCCAUCCAGAAGGUGGUGUUUCAUAAAAUGUCACCCAACGAGACCCUCUUUUUGGAAAGUACCAACAAGAUUUACAAAGAUGACAUUUCAAAUAGCUCCUUUGUGAAUUUCCAAAUAUGGGAUUUUCCUGGGCAAAUGGACUUUUUCGACCCUACUUUUGACUACGAGAUGAUCUUCAGGGGAACAGGAGCUUUGAUAUAUGUCAUUGAUGCACAGGAUGACUACAUGGAGGCUUUAACAAGACUUCACAUUACUGUUUCUAAAGCCUACAAAGUUAACCCAGACAUGAAUUUUGAGGUUUUUAUUCACAAAGUUGAUGGUCUGUCUGAUGAUCACAAAAUAGAAACACAGAGGGACAUUCAUCAAAGGGCCAAUGAUGACCUUGCAGAUGCUGGGCUAGAAAAACUCCACCUUAGCUUUUAUUUGACUAGUAUCUAUGACCAUUCAAUAUUUGAAGCCUUUAGUAAGGUGGUGCAGAAACUUAUCCCACAACUACCGACCUUGGAAAAUCUAUUAAAUAUCUUUAUAUCAAAUUCAGGUAUUGAAAAAGCUUUUCUCUUCGAUGUUGUCAGCAAAAUCUACAUUGCAACGGACAGUUCUCCUGUGGAUAUGCAGUCGUAUGAACUUUGCUGUGACAUGAUUGAUGUUGUAAUUGAUGUGUCUUGUAUAUAUGGGUUAAAGGAAGAUGGAAGUGGAAGUGCUUACGACAAAGAAUCUAUGGCCAUCAUCAAGCUGAAUAACACAACGGUCUUGUAUUUAAAGGAGGUGACUAAAUUUUUGGCACUGGUCUGCAUCCUUAGGGAAGAAAGUUUUGAACGAAAAGGUUUAAUAGACUACAACUUCCAUUGUUUCCGAAAAGCUAUUCAUGAGGUUUUUGAGGUGGGUGUGACUUCUCACAGGAGCUGUGGUCACCAGACCAGUGCCCCCAGCCUGAAAGCGUUGACACACAACGGCACGCCACGAAAUGCCAUCUAGCCUGAAUGCCGGUGGUCGGGGUCUGUGCCAGCUUAUUCUUCACUCCAGGGUCAGAUGCCACGUGCUACAGGACAUGGAAGUUGCCGCUUGUGGGAAUCUGGUGCCUGUUGCACUAGAGACAAGGGGUAGAGUUUCUCAUUUGGAUGAAAACCCCUUCACCAGUGGUGUGCAACUGAAGCUACUAUUUCUUUUUUUUUAAAAAAAUGGCAAAAAAGAAUUCUAUAGACCACAGACCUCAAGUGUCUUUCUCCUCUUGGGGGUCCUACUUUAAGUAGUUGGGAUAUUUUGGACCUGGAGAUAACAUCACUUACCCAUCCUUACCAGAGAAUGUUACUGUCAAUUACCAGUUGAAAAUAAUAGAAAGAACUGAGUUUUUAUAUGCUUCGCUUAGAUUUUCAUUUGAGUAGUCUCUGAAAAUCCUGCCUUGCUUAAGUUCUAACACUGCCUCUCAGAUUUCAAUUUUGGACCUUGCACACCUCAGACCUUCUAAAUGCAUUUGCUUGCUAACUCAGAAGACACAUGGUCUGACUGCAGCAAAGGACAUUCCUGUAUUUGUUUCUGAAGAAAUGAGAAAAUUUUAUGCUGCAUCAAGUCGAGAGCAAGGCUCAACAGUGGCCGCUGCAUUAGUUCCCUCGGAAGUGUUGAAGAACAAACUUUAAAACAGAAGAAAAUUUUUGCACCUGUGUUUUGGGUACCAGAUACCUGGGUUCUUGCUCCCACGUUAGAUAAAUGAUUCUGAUCACUGUAACAAAGGGAAUUAAAAAAAAAUUUGUUUUCCCCGCAAUCUCCUCCUCUUAGGAGGGAAACUCAUUAUGUCACUGAAUUAUGUAGCUCACUUUUCUUUAAACUUGAUACCAGCCCCCACAUUCCUUUUAUUCUGAGCUAUCGAGAUCCUUUAAGAAUUGCUGUUUUGUUGAUCCUGAAUGACCCUAAGGCGCUGGUGGACUGCCCACUGGGACUUGAAGAGAGCACAUGGCACCACGACGUGUCGUUAAACAUACUCCGUCUUCAGUAUUCUGACGCCAAGUGUCAACUGUGGUACUUUCUUCACCUAGGAUAUUAAUUCAUAAUUGUUUCUUUUUGUUGAAGGUUGAUACCCUUUUCCAUUGACUUAAACUUACACGUUAUUUUUACUCCACAUGCCCAGUAGUCAUGUAUUCCAAAGCCACUGGACCACUUGAGUACAUAAGUGCCACUGUUUAAUGAAAUAUGUAUAUUCAGGUCUGUAAACCUAACCGUGUGACUUGGAGUGCUUCCUGCAGACGAUUCUGACUGUUGAGUAUUUACAUGGACCAUGGUGAUAUCCAAAAAAAAAAAAAUGCUUUUAUAUUUAUAGAUUAUUUCAUUGAACUAUAUAAAA